AUGGCAGAGGAAAUCUAUGAUGAUGUGAGCUGUGUUGAGCUGCGUGAAGCAGCUGGAGGAGAGAGAGUAGAGAAGUUGGUGGAGAUCUAUAUGAGUGCAGACGCUGUUAGACCUCAGGAGACCAACACACAGAGGGAGACAACAACUCAGCAGACAGGUGUUAGAAGAGGAAGCAGAUGUUCCAGACUGGCUGUGGUGUGUGUGGGUCUGCUGUGUGUUUUCCUGCUGACCACCAACAUAGUGCUGUACAUGUAUUAUAUUAGGGACCAAACCAUCACUGCAAACCUCACUGCAGAGAGAGAGACCCUCUUAUCCAGUAUCAGAAACCUGACUGAAGAAAGAAACCAGCUAAAGAGCAGCUACCACAAUCUGACUGAGGAGAAAGAGCAGAUAAACAACACUUACAGAAACCUCACUGAGGAAAAUCACAUCUUGCAAACCAAAUAUGAUCAUUUAGUGAAGCUGAUUGAGAGAUGCUGGUUUAAUGAACUGAAGACUUUCGGAAGCAGUUUUUACUUUUUCUCGACUGAGAGGAACAACUGGACUGAGAGCAGACAGGACUGCAGAAAGGGAGGAGCAGAUCUGGUGAUCAUAAACAGCAGAGAGGAACAGAUGUUCCUCAUUGACCCAAAGGAAAAGAGGAAUUUCUGGAUUGGUCUGACUGAUACAGAGACAGAAGACACAUGGAAGUGGGUGGACGGCCAACCGCUGACUGACAAAUUCUGGAAGAACAAUGAACCCAACAAUGCUGGUGUUGGUGGUGAGGACUGUGCUGUUUUCACCACUGCACUCAAAGACAGUCAGCAAACAUGGAACGAUCUUCCCUGCUCAGGGAAAGAAAACUGGAUAUGUGAAUUCAAUCUGACCAACUUCCACCUGAACAUUUCAACUAAACGUUAUUAGUUUUUCACUGCUAAUCUUGGGAUACAGGCAUAAUUAGAUACUUUAGAAGCUGUUGAACUGAAAUGUAGAGAUUACAGGGCUUGAGCAUGUUGACACAAAUCAUAAUUCAAAAUGAGAAACAACAGGUGU